AGGUGUUGGUAGCGCUCACACUCCAGCUGAUCGGCCUCGGCUCCCGGUGCGGUCCGUCGGACUGUACGCGGCUAUUAAUAAAUUCUCGAGUUUUUUUUGCACGUUAAUCUGAAAACAUAACAUCAGUUCGUACUCUCGGCGACGUGUGCGUCGUGUGUUGUGUUUUUGAACCGAGGAUUAUAUUAUAAAGUGUACUUGGGAAACGGCUGGCUGAGGAAUUUCCCCCACAACAAACAGGCCGCUAGCUCAUCCCCGGUCUUUCUUUAGAGGAGGUCGCCGAUUUUCACACUUCGCCAUGGGGGACACAGGGAGCGAACGGAGCAAGCCGCCGAGUAACGUUAUACCUCCGCGGUGUCCUUGUGGAUUUUGGGGGUCGAGCAAAACUAUGAACCUCUGCUCCAAAUGUUUUGCAGACAUCCAGAAGAAGCAACCAGACGAGGACUGCGCUUCAGAGCCUACCCCCAGCUCCAGCAAUAGCCAAUCAGCCGUCUUCUGUAACGAGACAAGCAGCAGCAGUAGCCAAACCCUGUCCUCCGGCUCUGAGGGGCCGUCCACAGAUGCCACGCCUCUCUCUAAACAGGAAGAAGUCUCGAGUACAGACACAGCCCGAGGCACGCUAUCUACUCCCACGAAACGGCCCUGUGAUACAGCCUCAGGUUCGGAGAGCGAAGCCUCCCCAGAGAAGCGGGUGCGUGUCGGCGAGUCCUCUGAAGAAUCUCAGCGAGGGCCUAAGCAGAAGAACCGCAGGCGUUGCCAUCGCUGCCAAACCAAACUCGAGCUUGUACAGCAGGAGCUGGGCUCAUGCCGCUGUGGAUACGUAUUCUGCAUGCUGCACCGGCUGCCCGAGCAGCACGACUGCCUGUUCGACCACUUGGGUCGCGGGAGAGAGGAAGCCGUGCUUAAGAUGGUCAAGCUGGACCGUAAGGUGGGCCGAUCCUGCCAGCGCAUCGGAGAGGAAUGUUCCUGAACACACACACACACACACACAAAAACACGCACACACCUGCAUACACAAACACCCCAAUACUGUAUACUCCCCUUCCAGUCUCACUUCCCCUGAUUCAACUGAGGCCAGUGGUGCUUAGAUCCUCAGUGCUGAACAAUGUAAAACACACCCCACUCACUUAGCACUGUUCCUACACACACACACACACACACACACACACUUGCAAUCUCCUGGCCGUGACACUCCUCACAACUGUCUUAAUCUCCUUCCUGUGGAUCUUGUUUGAAGAACACCAUCUCAAAACAAAGAAAGGAGAAUCAUCUACUGGCGUUUUUGGCAUGCUGCCAUCAUCUCUGUUUUUUUUUUUUCCCUCCCUCCUCCAGUUUCGAUUCUACAGUCUAUCAUAAUUUAAAAGAAAGAAUCACCUGUUGUUGUUAUCUCAAUUUAGGCUUUCAAGUAUAGGUCACUAGGUCAGGGGUCAUUCCCGAAUUCCCAACAUGAAAACCUCCAUCAGGCCACAAAGCUGAGGAAAGCGUGAUCUGUGAUCAGGACCGACCUUUGACCUCAUGAGAGGAAUCGGGUUCCACCCUCUAACCUCCCGACACCCUGACCUCCUUUCAUCCUCGACCUCCUUUCGAGAAUUUUUUUUCUUUUGCCUCCAGACGCUGUUAUUGAUAUUAAACCUGAAUUCACGACUUCCUCACACUUCCUUCAGUGGAUCGGAAAUGGAGUUUGACGUGGAUCGCACACCCUCACGUCCUUCGUUGGCCCUGGAGAUGCCCUCUGCUGUCACUUUAGAGGCAGCGCUAUGCCUCUAUUUCUCACACUCAUUCCUCUGCGCGCACACACACACACACACACACACACACACACACACACACACAGACGCAUAGUCAUACAUACACAUGAGCUGUUUUGAUAUAUUAUGUUCAUAUACACACAACCCACAUGUGGUCUGUGUGUGCCCAGCACAUGGACAGAAGCUAAAUCGGUACCCUUCGGACCGGGUUCAUUAGGGAUUGUGCGCCCCAGGGCUUUAUGGGAACUGUAGUUCAGGUCUACAUACACUUCUGUAUACUUACAGCUCCAGUCAGACCCCAUAUUUAGUGACACUCUGCCUCCAGAAAGCUACAGUUCUCAAAAUGAUUCUUUGCUCCUUUUACUUCUUUAUCUCCCCACCAUCCCUGUGUUCUGGCCCUCCUUUUUAUUCAUCCUUCACUUUUCUUCCCACUUCCAGUUUUGCACUUUCCCUCCCUUUUUUUUCCCCAACACACAGUUAUCUCGUUUGUCAUGUUUUCCAAGUGGCUUUAGGAGGGACUAGGUUUUGAAGAUUGGAGGCAG